GACGGAAGGCGUGGCCACGUUACGUCGUGCGUGGUGACGUAGCGGAAGUCGCUGGAGAAGGCUCUGUGUGCUCGGAUCACCAUGUCAGCGGGAAGCGCGCAGUCCGGCGGAAGACGAAGUAAGUGGGACCAGCCUGGCCCUGCCGGUGCUACUCUUCUCAUCCCUGGUACAAUGCCUGUGAUCCAAUCUCUCGGCCCUGGGGUCUACAUGGCUCCUCCAGAUCCCCAACCUGCAAGUACAGUUUCCGAGUCAGUCAGUGCUCCUUGUGGGGCUUUGGAUGCAGCGGCUGCCGUGGCGGCUAAGAUUAAUGCAAUGUUGAUGGCAAAGGGGAAGAUCAAACCAGCUCAGAACAUACCUGAGAAGGUCCAGUUACAAGGAAAAGGUCCGCCUGCAUCCAAAAGCAAAGAUGAUCUUGUUGUGGCAGAAGUUGAAAUAAAUGAUGUGCCGCUCACGUGCCGCAAUCUCCUAACAAGAGGGCAAACUCAAGAUGAGAUCAGCCGUCUGAGCGGGGCAGCUGUUUCCACUCGAGGGAGAUACAUGACACCGGAGGAGAAAGUCAAAGUUGGUGCUGGGGAGCGACCUUUGUAUCUGCAUAUUCAGGGCCAGACUCGGGACCUUGUUGACAGAGCCGUAAAUCGAAUCAAGGAAAUAAUCACGAAUGGAGUAGUAAAAGCAGCCACUGGUUCCAGUCCAACAUUUAAUGGAGCAACUGUUACUGUGUACCAUCAGCCUGCCCCGGUGGCCCCUCUACCUCCUGUGGCUCCUCAAAAACCUCAGUUCCAGUCAGGGAUGCACUAUGUGCAGGACAAACUGUUUGUAGGACUUGAGCAUGCCUUGCUAACUUUCAACGUGAAGGAGAAGGUGGAAGGACCAGCCUGCUGCUAUCUUCAACACAUCCAAACCGAGACCGGGGCCAAAGUCUUCCUGCGCGGCAAAGGUUCCGGUUGUAUUGAACCGGCCUCCGGAAGAGAGGCAUUUGAGCCAAUGUACAUUUAUAUCAGCCACCCAAAGCCAGAGGGGCUUGCAGCAGCCAAGAAACUCUGCGAGAACCUCUUACAAACAGUCUAUGCAGAAUAUGCUAGAUUUGUGAAUCAGAUCAGUACAGCUGCACCUUUACCAGGUUACACGCAGCCUCCCCCUUUAGGUGCGGCUCCACUGCAGUCGCCAUACUACCCACCCAAUGGCUUCCACGGAGGGUUUCCUGUUGUCCUGCCACCACCUCCCCCUCAGCCAGUCCAGAUCCCAUAUGUUGUACCUGCACCAAUGACCACCACUGAUCCUCCUCCACCUGGAGUUGUGCCUACCAUAACCACUCCUGUACCGCCAGUGCCAACACGCUAUCCAAUCCCACAAAUGCAGCCUCCUGCCUCUUUAAGUGCUCCCUUCUUGCCUCCAGUCCCUGUUAAGCCGCCCGUUUCCCAGUCAUCGCAGAUUCUUCCACCAGGUCAGAAAAGACGCUUCACAGAGGAGCUGCCAGAAGAGAGGGACUCCGGCCUCCUUGGUUACCAGCAUGGACCCAUUCAUAUGACUAAUUUAGGUACAGGCUUCCCGGCCCAGAACAAGAUGGACAGUCCAGCUAUCAAGUCGGACGGCAUGGCCACAAAGGAGCGAGAGAGGGACAGGCAGUUGAUGCCUCCACCUGGUUUACCUGCCAUAACACAGGACUCUGAGGAAAAGGCAGCCUCUGGGAGUCUAGGGGUUUCUGAUGAUCACUCUACCAAAAAGCUGAAGACUUCUGAAAAAACAUUUGGAUUGGUGGCGUAUGCAGGAGAUUCAUCUGAUGAAGAAGAGGAGCAUGGCGGACACAAGACCUGCACAUUCUCUCAAGGCUGGAAUAUGGGGUAUCAAUACCCAGGAUCCCAGCAGCGAGCAAAGCAACAGAUGCCCUUCUGGAUGGCACCGUAGUACAUUAGGGGAUGGGAUGUCAAGCUUUCCCUUAUUGUGACUUGUAGCAAUAACUUGGCAUGUACAUUACAGAACUAGCCUUGUGUGAUUUUUUUUUUUUUUUUUAAACUCAUUUUAUAUUCCAAAUGAAUGAAAAGAUGCAAGUGGACCUUCCUUAGUAAAUGUUCAUAUUUAUUUUCCACUCCCUUUUCUUUCUUUCUAAGUGGAUUUUUUUUCUCCCUAAUGUGACCACGUUAAAUGCCUUUUUUUAAAAAAAAACUUUCUUGGUAUUUUGUUACAUAUAGACGCAAUUCUUGUGAAAAUAGAGGCUUUUCAAACACACAGUGAGCCAACUUGGUUCAUCUCUUGUUCUACCUGAGGCUCAGUGAAGCAACUCACUGCUUGGACGUUGACCUCUCUGCUUUCUUACAUUAGUACAGGUGUUGUGCUUUUUGCGUCCUUUACAAUAAAUCUGCAUGCCUACAAACACAUGUAGUGUUAAAACACACUACUGCAGAACACCUUCUAUGGCAGGUCUUUCUCUUACAUGUAUUAUCCCUUGAAUGCAAGGAAUUAAGCAUCCAAACAGGUUCUGCAGCAUCUACAUGUUUCUCUCUACUGUCUAUCUUUAUUAGUAUUUGUUUCCCAGGAAGACGUGCCACAUACAGGUGGUUAUAGAACAGAUAAUGGCCUUUUUUAUAUUGCGCUGGUUACAUUUCUGUCAUGGUCGUAGCGUGGUUAAAAAUGUACUUUUGAUAUUACAAUGGAUUUCCCACAUGUUGGGAGGUUUUCACUGAUACAAAUUGGGCAGUACCAUACCGUUUUAACUUUUGGAGCAAGGUUUUUGGAGGCAUUUGCUUUCGGCCUCUCCUCCCUACCCCCCUUUAAACAAACAUGCCCCCAGGAAAUCCCUUGCACUUGUGUUUUUGUUUUUUUCUUUGCAAUUCAGGUUUUUUGAUGAAGGCAACAGUGCCCCUUUUAUAAAACCGGUUUCUCAUUGCAUGAACAUUUUUUUUUUUUUUUGUCAUUAUCCUUUAAAAAAAAAAAAAAAUCUUGUCUAAAUGGUGAAUAACUGGCUCAAAUGUGCACCUGCAGUCAUUCUGGUCAGCAGAUGCAGUUUACAGAAAUACUUGUUUUCAGGUGUAGCAUUAUUACAUAUGGAUACAAGUUUUCAACUCUGCAAGAGCAGUAUAAAUGGUAACCGAAUUACUUCAUAUUGAAGUAGACAGGAACCAGGCAGGGGAAAUGUCCCAAAUCUUUAGGUACUUAGAUGUUUUUUUAUUUUUCCCUCUCCAUUUUUGCUGCAUUUGUAAUAGCCUUUGAUUUUCUAAGCUAGAGAAAAGUUGUACUUCAUGUUUGGUGGUUGUAAUAUUUUCUAAAUAAAUCCACCAAAGGAAGAUUUUGGAAGUUUUCACUUUUUUAUCCUGUUGGUACCUGUUAAUUGCUUGUUUGAAUUAGUUGCAAAUAAGCUUAAUGGUGCAUGAUAACGUGGCACUUGGUAUUGGUUUCUCUAGUUUGUUUAAGGAGGUGGAUGGUUAUGGGACUGCUGCUGUUUGAUAUUGGGUUUUGUUUUUUAAAA